CGGCAUGAUAUUGAGGAUUGAGCGCGCCAGACCCAUCCCCACGCCAGGAAAUGCAACCGCCAUCAUGAACGCCGGUCACAGAAGCGCGAGGCACAUUGCCUCUCGAAAAGGGCCCUCAAUAUGCCACGCCCGCAUCUCCCCCUACUCCUCCGCCGCAACCGCCACCGCACCGGCGCUCGAAGCCCAAGCCCAGCUCUCCUCCAUCCUCCCCGUCACCUCCACCUCUCUCUCCCAAGCCUACCAGAUCCGCGCUGGCGUCGUGCUCUCUCGCCCGCCCCUCCUGACCCGCGAUCUACACCCCUUCGAGAAAUCAUUCUAUCUAUAUCAACGACGAUUAAAUGAGCGUCUUGCUCUCCCAUUUCCCCGCUACUUUUACUUCAAGAAAGACACACCCGCCGACAUCGACUGGAAGCGCAAGAUGAAGCAGCGCCUCACGCCCGCCCGCGACAUUGGCGUAUACAACCCGUACGGGCCUGAGGGCUGGAACGAUGAGGUGCUGGUGGGUGCCCAGGAGGCGGAGCCCGCGUGGCAGGUGAAGCGGCUACUGGAGGACGCGGAUGCGAGUGCGCCGGAGAGCGCGGGGGCUGAUGCGGCGAAGGGGGUUGAGGGGGCAGCGGUGGCAGAAGUGGGGGUGGAGGUCGCGGCAGAGGCGAGCAAGAAGAAGGCGGAGCCUGUGGAGCGGCCGAUGCCGCGGGAGACGGAGGCGGAUCGGAAGGGGGACCAGAGGAGUUUGGAUCGCUUGAUGCAGCGGAGCUUGUAUCUUGUGGUGCAGAAUAAGGAGGGGCGGUGGGUGUUGCCUGAUGAUCAGAUUCGGGGCAGGGAGACUCUGCAUCAGGCAGCGGAGCGUGUUCUCGUACAAAAUGCCGGUCUCAACAUGAAUACUUGGGUCGUUGGCAAUGUGCCAGUCGGCCACUACAGCUUCGAGUACCUAAAACGGCGACCGCACCCAGAGCGGAAGAAUGUGGAGGAGCUGGGCGAGAAGAUCUUCUUCAUGAAAGCACGGAUAAUGGCAGGUCAAGCAAAUUUAGCGGAUAACAAGCUCGGCAUUAAAGACUUCAAGUGGCUAGCAAAGGAGGAGGUGCAAAAAGUGGUCAACCAAAAAUACUGGAGCGCGAUACAGAAUAUGUUGACGGACAGGUAG